UAUAAUUUAUCAAAGUCUGGGCAUUUAUUCUGUUACCGUUACUUAUUUCGUCCACGUGAGGAGUGGGAUUUUGUUUUUUUUAUAAUCUUUUUAUUAAAAAUAGUAAAUGAUGGUAUUCUGACCCCCACGUAGGAAGUCAACUCAUUAUGGUCAUACUUAGUCAGCAUUACUAACAGAAAAAUUGACGAAAAGUUAACGUUUGGAUAAUUUUUAGAAAUUCAAUAAGUUUGGAUAAAAUAAAAGAAUCUGAAAAAGAUUUGGGUAAAAAAUAGACAUUGCCCUAUUUUUUUUCCUAAGCACAUUAUCUUUGACCUAACAAACUAUUCAAAUAAUUUGACAUUUGUCCAUUUUAUAAACCAAGGAAUUAGAAAAUCAAUGGCAUCGGAAAACGGGAGUAGACGAGGCCACAAAUACAUUAUUGCCUCUCAAAAACUCAACUCACCUACUACGUAAUUCACUUCACUAGUUCACUUUGUCCCCUCGAUCACACUUCACGCGCCCCCGCGCGUAUGCUCAAGAACAAGUCCUCCUUCCUUUCUUCCCAUCUCCCGUCUUCUUCUUCUUCUUCUUCUUCUUCUUCCCAGCUUCCGAUUUCCCCCUUCCCCUGUUAGCUAGCUUUCGCUCUCUCACAGAGGUACGAUUCCGGAUUCUCCUUCUACUUCCUCUCUCUAUCAUUUCCGAUUGCUUCAUUUCUCGCGGCAGAGUCUGGCUCUGGCUCUGAUUGGUCUUCUUCUUUACUAAUUGACUGAGAUUGCUCUGCUCGGUUUGGUUAUGGUGGAAUCUUCGAUCACCUUCCUUCGAUUUUGCUUUUGAUUUCGCGGCUCACUUCUGAACGUUCUGCGGCGGUUGAAUGUCAGUUGGUUGAUACUUUUCAAACGACUUACCUGGUACUUCUCUUAAAAGGAAAAGAAAAAAAAAAAAAAAAACUCAACGGCAUAUUCUUCUUUGUAGCCACAGUUUUAUCAUUUAUGACUUUGUUUUUUCCCCGGUACAAUUACUUCUUAGUUUAGAACUUGACAAGAAUGGUAAUUCAUGUUUUCAUUUCUAUGAUCCUUCCGUUGAUUUCAGUUUGUUUUCAAUUUUCUGCACGGUAAGUGGGAUCCAGGAAAUGAAUGAUCUUGAUAAGAGAUGGCCUACUUCUGGCCUUUGGGUUGGUCUGGAAUCUGGAUUUCAUUUGGGAUAGAUGGAUUGUGCUUGACUUGUUUUCGUAGUUUCUGGCUAUGGCUAAUGGCUAUUUAUCUGUUACAACUACGAGUGAUCUUUUUGAUUUGGUGCUUGCAGUUUUCAGCGGAUGGAUGUCUGUGCCAAGUUCAGGCUUAUACUUGGAUUCAGCCUGAUUUAACGGAUCAGAUUAGUUGCAUCCUUUGGUGGGUUUUCAUAAUUUUGUGUAGUAGUUUGACAUCUGAAGUGAGAAGUGGAAGAGGAGUAAUUAUACUGGCCAUGCCCUUUGUAGACUCUCACUGAUGGCGAUUGCACACUAUUUUCGAAAAGGGUUCACUGCUAAAAGUUUUCACAUGGAAGAGAUUGAGUUGGAUACUGACUGGGAAGAUGUAGUGUGUCCAAUUUGUUUGGAUUUCCCUCAUAACUCUGUGCUCCUCCAAUGUUCAUCAUAUCACAAGGGUUGCAGGCCAUUUGUAUGUGACACUGACCACUUGCAUUCCAAUUGUUUGGACCGCUUCAAGAGUGCAUGUGGUAUGUCACCUCCUUCAGCAGACUCUGACAAGCCAUCAUCAGAAGCAGAUGAAGAUGUCAAACUGGCUUGUCCCUUGUGUAGAGGGGAAGUUACUGGCUGGAUUGUUGUCCAGAAAGCUCGAUUGCUUUUGGAUGAGAAGAAGCGGUGUUGUGAGGAACAUCGAUGUGGAUUUUCAGGUGCGUAUUUGGAACUUCAGCAACAUGCCAAACUAGAGCACCCACAUGCUCGUCCUUCUAAAAUCGACCCUGCUCGCCAGCUGGACUGGGAUAAUUUCCAGCAGUCAUCUGAGAUCAUAGAUGUUUUGAGCACCAUACAUUCGGAAGUGCCACGUGGAGUGGUUUUGGGAGACUAUGUAAUUGAGUAUGGGGAUGAUGACAAUACUGGAGAUGAGUUUGAUGACUUCCGUGGGGAUGAAGGCAACUGGUGGACGUCCUGCAUCUUCUAUAAGGUCUUUGACAAUUUCAGAAACUCAAGGAACAGAAGAAGAUCUAGAGUAGCCGAUACCGGAAGGGGGAGCCGCCGAUCGAGUUAUGACACUUCAAACUCAGAUGAGGGCUCUGUUGUGUCUGUUGACUUUGCAGAGUAUAGAUUAGAUGAGAUGGAUGAUGAAUUUCCAAGUGCAAGCAGGGGCCAUUCUACUCAUCGCAGUUCUCGCAGGCGCCAUUCUCGGUUCUAUGAUGGCUAGGUAUGCAUAACGGGGCAAAGCUUGUGAGUUUGGCACUUAAAGAUUGGUCCAUACAUCUUGUUUGGAACCUCAGUUCACCUCCUACCUCGAUGCCUGACUCAAUGCACCGACGAAACUGAAGCAAGUCAAGCAGGAUCACAAUGAGAAGUGGGGAUGGUCCUGUUAGCGUUCAGACAUCAUUUUGAAAAAGAAAGCUGCUUACAGUGUUGCAUCUUUGUUGCUUUAGGUAGCUGGAUUGCUGUUGAAAGAUGUGAUUCAGAAAUGGCGCUAGGCCGAUAUAGGCAGAUGUAAUGUGGAUAAGAUGGUGACUGGGUGUUUUCCCUUCUCUUGCUGUUGUGGUUGUCAGUGGGACUUUUGUUUUGGGAGGAGAAAUGGGGUUUGUUUAAUGUGAUUAGAUUUGUUUCCUUUCGUGUUUUCCCUUCUCUUCCAGUAAUGGUCUGUUUUCCUGCUAUAAGUUUGAGUAGACUUGAAAGUUAACACACUGGCUGUAUAAAUUGAAAAUCGUUGGGGUGAUUCAGCUAUCAAAUUGAAAACCCAGCUAAUGUCCGUAAGUGUAGUCCUAAUGCUUACUUGAGUGUGUGCAUCCUUCGAUUGUGAAAAGCGUACAUUUAACCGCUAUAAAAAGCUGAAUCACGAUCCAACAACGGUGAAUUAUUAUUCGAAUAGUAUGAUCCGUCGGUCCUAACAUCGAUGUCAUCGAGUGGUGGUGGAUUACUAGAACGAUGGUGUAAGCUGAGGGACUGUGGCAUUUCCCUGGUGAUGGUGGCUUGAUGAUGCGACUGGGCAGCAUUAGCUUUCUAGGCUGAUGUGACCACAUCUGUGUUUGUGUCUCCUUGUUUGAUCUUCCUACAUUAUUUUAUGGCCUAACAGAACAAAUAUUACGUACUAGCAGAUCUAAAUAAUUAAAGUUUGUCCUUUGA